AUGGACCCCGUAACAGCAAUCGGUCUCGCAUCGUCCAUCAUCGCUUUCGUCGAUUUUGGCUGGAAGCUCAUAAAAGGUGCAAAAGAAAUAUACGACGCCGCCGAUGGCACUCUGGAGGAGAACCGGAGCCGUGAGGCUGUUGUCCUCGAGAUGAAACGCCUAACCGUCCAGCUUGUCUCGCCCGAGCACUCGCUUCUGUCUGGUGAGGAGAGAGAUCUCUGUUUGCUCGCUGGCACAUGCCAUCUGGAAAAGCGCCUAGGCGCUUGUCGCAGUCAACUGGCGCUGCACAUUAAUGCUACAACCAUGUUCUCGAUCGACAAGCUCUCCGAGUACGUCAAAGACAAUGCCUCAAGCCUCAAGCCGCUGAAGAAAGCCAUGUCCCAGCUGUCUCGGAUUGGUGCGGAUACCCAAACGCAGGUUCGCCAGCUGUUGAAUAUACAGAAAAACGCGCUCCAUGCUAUCAUAAAGGCCCGAAUCCUGGCAGGUUUAAAAUUUGAGGGUAUGCAUGAUCGUCAUGAUAUGGUAGCAGAGGCACAUGAAAAGACAUUUCGGUGGAUCUUCAAUGUCGAAGGUGACGGCAAUCAAGAUAUGCAGGGAUAUUCUGCCAAGACUCCGUACCGGCAAGACGAUGCUACGAAAGAGGAAGCUGAACUCAAAGAAGAAGCACGAGAGAGAUUCCUACAAUGGCUAUCGUCUGGAUCAGGAAUUUUCCACAUAUCAGGAAAGAUGGGCUCGGGAAAGUCGACGCUGGUGAAUUUCCUGAGCGACCAUCCGGAAACGGCGACGAGACUUGAGACUUGGGCAACAAGCUUCUUCUUCUGGCGGCCAGGCUCCGAUAUGCAGAAAUCACUCAGCGGGCUCUACCGUUCUCUCUUGCACGAUGUGCUCAGCUUCUGCCCCGAGCUUAUUCUUGAUGUCUUCCCUAGUGUUUGGCAGCGGGCAAUGGAAACUCCUUACGACGGUCAAACUAAGGAAUAUUUUCAAGAGAGCGACAUCAAAAAUGGGUUUAAUGUCCUCGUCACUAAAGAGGAGCUAUUCGAACAUCAUUCGUUCUGCUUCUUUAUCGACGGCCUAGAUGAAUACCAGACCCCAGUGGAUGCCGUGAUCUCCGAUAUGGUUGGUGAGCUCUGCCGCUGGACGAUCACCUCGCCGUCGAGUGUGAAGCUUUGUGUCUCCAGCCGGGAGUAUCCUGAAUUUAUGGACAAGUUUUCGCCGUCACAGCGGUUGAGGCUUCAUACGCUGACACGAUUCGACAUCGAGGUAUAUGUCAGAGACAAACUCGGUCGCACAGAAGAUAAGGGAAUCGCGACGUUGACUAAGUCUAUUGUCGAAAAGGCUAGCGGCAUCUUCUUCUGGGUGUCGCUGGUGGUCAGACAAAUACGUGAGCAGCUGGAGAUCGGGGUUGAGCCUGCUCGUCUUGUCGAAAUUGUUAAUGGCUAUCCAGUUGGACUGGACCAUCUCUACCGGCACAUACUCCAGACACUCUCCCCUUACAGUCGCAAGAGGGCGUACCAGACGCUAACCAUGAUGCCGUUUGUAGGUGGUACCAGCGACAGUCUACCUUUAGACCUUCUAGCAUACUCCUUUCUCGACAAGUACAAUGAAGAUCCGGAAUUCGCCCGGAAAGAGACAUUCGAUGCGGGACUUCCACAAUUGAGGGCCUGCGAGGAGACAACACGAUCCCAAGCCCGAAGCCUUUUAAAUGGCUGGUGCCGGGGGCUUGUCGAGGCUGACGAAAAUGGCCACCUUGGCUACGCUCACCGCUCUGUGGCAGACUUUUUGGAGGCUGCGGACAUCCGAGAACGGAUGGCUGCCUCUGUCAACGGCUCUCAUCCCGUCAGCAUCUUCUCAGAGCUAAUCCUGGCGCACUUGAAAGUUGACAAAUAUGCCUUCUAA